GGGAAUCGGAAUGAGAUGGAUGGCAAGUCGGCGCGGCGUUGCGAGAAGGUUACCGUGUGUGCUCCGGAGAUGUCGGGGGUACUUCCGGAAGUGCCUCCGUCCUACUCCACGCCAUGCUUCAUCCUACAAACUCCCUUCAGCCCAUCCUAGCCCCCACUCCUCCAAAAAAAAAACCUCCCUUCCCCUCACACCCACGUACCAUCCCAUCCCGCAAACAUGGUCGCGCACAACCACCACCACCGCCACCAGCACCAGCAGCGGGCAUACCAGCACCUCAACUCGCCGCACCGCCAAUACCUGCACAAGCGACCGCACACGUACUUUCUGCCCGCGCUGUCCUUGAGCCUCUGCCUCGCGUGCGACCGGUACUUCACGACGCACGUGUGCGCCAGCUGCGCGCUGAAGCUAUGCAGCCGGUGCGCGGAGCUGAUCACGUCGCGGCUGAUGCGGGGGUCGCUGGCGCGACUGGUCGCCGCCGUGGCAAGGCACAAGCUCGGGUACGCGGAGGAGUUCCUGGAGCGUGAAAGCUACGAGGCGGAAAUGCAUGGGGCUGGACAGGUGGCCAUGGUGCAGCGGACUGCGUCCGUGCUGAAGAGUGGGCUCAAGAUGGAGGUGUUUCAGUGGAUGCUCUGGGAGGAGAGCACGGGCAGUAGUCUUUCUGCCGAAGCGGACGAUGGGGAGACGGAGCUCGAUGGAGAGGAGUUCGAGAAGGAGUAUGAGUGCGAGCGGGAGAGGGAGCGCGAGCGCGAAGAUGAUGGUGUCCAGCGGGAGAGGGAGGAUACCCCUGCCCCUGAACCCGCCGCACACGUCACUGCUGUGGUUCGCACCCACCCUCUCAGUUACAGAACGCAAGACUACGAGCUCCGUCGGUACUGCGGCAGUGGGCUCGGGGCGCGCAAGCUCAAGAGAAUGGAGGAGGAGAGUGAGAGUAAGGAUUACGAUGAGGAUGUCAAGUUCGAUGUUAGCUAUAAGAGUCUGCGUAAGGAAUCAGACUGA